UCUAACCGAUUAACGGCUGAAAAUGCGUUAGUAAAUGAGAUUGUGCGUGCUAUAGCCACAACCAAAAAGAUUCCGAAUAAAUAUAAAUAAAAACCCUAGAGAGAGAGAGAAAAAUAGAAAGGAGAACACAGACAGAGAGUGACUGAGUCGUCAGAGCUCUACUCAGCAAAAAAUGUUUCAACCCAGCAACCAUUCUCAGGAUGCAUCACCGUCUGCAUUAAUGCAAGUGGAUCCAAAAGAAACUAAUAUUGUUGUGAGGGAUGAGAUGCAAAAUGGAAGAUUCCCACAAGCCCAAACCAUCCUCUACAAUUCUAAGAAACUUCAAGAAGAUUUGCAUGUGCUAGGGAUGAAAAUCAAACAUCAUGAGGACAACAUUAAGUUUCUGAAGAGUCACAAAAACAAAUUAGAUGAUUCCAUUCUUGAUCUGCAAGUUACCCUUGGCAAAUAUCAUUCUUCAACAAUGCCAAAUAAUGAAAAUGAUGCCCAUUACUCCAAUCAGAGUGAGGAUGAAACAAUGGAACACAUUCUACAGCAUGAAAAAUCUGCUGCGGGCAUUUUGUGCCGGCUGAAAAUGAGCCAUGGCACUCAAAUUUCACAUCCGUCAUUUACCAACGAUGUGCUUGGUGUUGUUGCUACACUUGGCAAGGUAGAUGAUGAUAACCUUGGCAGGCUUUUUUCCGAGUACUUGGGUGUGGAGACUAUGCUGGCAAUUGUCUGUAAGACAUAUGAAGGUGUAAAAGCUCUGGAAACAUAUGACAAGGAAGGCCAGAUAAAUAAAGACUCCGGCCUUCAUGGCCUUGGUGCUUCUAUUGGGAAGGAAUUGGAUGGUCGAUUUCUUGUCUUUUGUCUUGAAAAUCUAAGACCCUAUUGCGGUGAAUUUGUGGUGGAUGACCCACAAAGGAGGCUUGAUCUCCUUAAGCCAAAAUUACCUAACGGGGAGUGCCCACCUGGGUUUAUUGGCUUUGCUGUAAAUAUGAUCAACGUGGAAUUCACAAACUUAUUUUAUCUCACAGGCAGCGGAUAUGGUCUUAGAGAGACUCUAUUUUAUAAUCUGUUCUCCCGUCUACAAGUUUAUAGAACAAGGGAAGACAUGGUACUCGCUCUUCCUUGUAUAAGUGAUGGAGCCAUUUCACUGGAUGGAGGAAUGAUGAAGGGUACCGGUAUAUUUUCUCUAGGUAAUCGGAAUAAUGUGGAUGUAAGAUUUCCAAAAUUGUCUGUGACGUCAACCCUGCCUGACAACUACAUUGACACUGAGAAGCAGCUCAAGGAGACCAAAUGGAAAAGGGAAAAAAUGCUGGAGGAUAUAAAGAGAGAACAAGCAUUAUUGGAUACUGCAAGGCAAAGUUUUGAGAGAAAGAAGGAAGAGUUUGUUAAAUUUCUGGCUCAAAGCUCAGCAUAUGCAAGUCAGAUGCAGACAGGAUUUACACCAAGAUAACUUUUUAGUUGAAGAAAGUUCAAGCCUCGUGGAGGAAAUGGGAUGGCCUUCAGUCUGAACAUGUUCUGGAGCUCUGUUCGGAUCAAACAUUUUCCCUCCUAUUUCUGGGCAAAGAAUAUCUUGACUGUUCGGUCAUGAAGUUUUUGAUUCACUAAGAGCAAUUGCCUCUGCAAAUUCUGUUGUGCUGGAUCACUAGUAAUUGAGAGUCACUACCAAUCUCUUGUUUGUUCAUAGGAAAAUCCCAGCACACGAUUGUCCAUGGGAUGCAGAUCCUUGUACUAGGAAAAGUUGCAAUCAGCAUUAACUUGUAUUGGUCUCUUACUGGUAGAUGUCUGUUUUAUAUCAUCCAAGUUGUAUGUACAUGUUCAUAAUAAUGCAGUUUAGGUCAUUUGCCCAUCAAAGGCUGCUAA